AUGCCCUCCUUCACCAUAGCGGGUGCGCUGCUUGCUCUCGCUGACCCCGACAACAAUCCUUGGGGCUGGGGUCGUUGGCAAGUGAUCACCGGCUACCCCACCGCAUCCUGGCUCGUAGAAGAUGGCGUUCACAAUAUUGUCCAUUGGAGCGUCCAAACGCAUGAAGCGGUUUCAUCAUUUGUGGCGUCCUUUUUUGCAGCACCGACAAGCAAUAAGCUACAAGUCACUCAGCGGAAAUCGGACGAACAUGUGGAAGGCCGCUCAGCUUGGACGUCCUUUGUCAGCGCAAACUGGAAGUCCGUGUGGAAGGCUCAGGAUAUCAUUGACACUACAUUGAAGGAGCAGGGCUGUGGCCCUUACGAGGAAAUCCCGCGAUCUCAGGUUCACAAGGCAUAUCCAUUCCUCGCAUAUGCACUCUUUGGUGAAGACGGUGCCGCUGAUGCCACUGCGACGUUCCUCAAAGACAAUGUUCAAGACUUCCUCGAGCGGAUCAUGGCAUGCACGUGGAACCGAUACCGGAAAAAUUUGAAUUGCGAGCGGGUCAAAAUGGUGGAACUUCAGGUGACAGUAAACACAUCUUGGCUAGAAUCCGUCAAACAGAUGGAAGAUCAGCGUCAACAAAUUGUGGAUAUGCUGGGAGCCAUGGGCCUGGAUAAGAAUGGAAACGGCAAUAAGAUGUGUAUCCCUAAAAUGUUAAGAGAUGCAUUGGAGAAACUGGCCACCACGGACCAAGUCUCAGCAUUGGAACGAGCCAUCCACGAGUUUAUGAAACACUUUAUGGAUCUGGAGACGCAAGACUUGCCCGCCCUUGACUUUGAAUCAGGAACAUCGGUUGCUUGGAAAGAAGGAGUUGAAGAAUUCGCGGACAAAACCGAGGACAACCUUUGGUGGAUGCUCGGGUUGGAACAAUCGCACACUCUCCCACAUUUUCAGACCAAGACUGAUCCCACCACCACGGUUAAGCCUUGGUCAAAUGAAGGGCAGAAAUGGCUGGACAAAAAUCAAGCAGCGGUCGCACUGACUCCGAAAUGGCAUCAACUGGUCGGCAUUGUGAAGAUGAUGGACAAAAUGCUGAAGGGAGAACCGGUAUUGCUGAUAGACGAGGUCAGCGUAGGUAAAAUGAUGCAGGCAAUCGGAGUGGUAGCAUGCGCUGCCUACUUUCGCAAUUUCUAUGACACGCAUGGCAAGUUUCCUGGGAUCUUUGGUCAAUACAAGUGUGCCUCAACUGGGGCCAAUCUACCUGAUUAUCCAACGAUCAUCAUUUGCCCCACGAACCUCCACGCUCAGUUAACGAACGAGAUUGAGCGGUAUUUACGUUACGGAACCUUCGACCUUUUGCCUUACACGGGCAAACUGCAAUAA